AUGGACAAACUUAAUGUUUUAUUGAAAGAGAAUGUGACUACCGUGGCAGGCCGUACCGUGGCAGGCCGUACCGUGGCAGGCCGUACCGUGGCAGGCCGUACCGUGGCAGGCCGUACCGUGGCAGGCCGUACCGUGGCAGGCCGUACCGUGGCAGGCCGUACCGUGGCAGGCCGUACCGUGGGUUUGCCGUACCAUGCCAGGCCGUACCGUGCUGUCCAACAUAGCUGCACUCCUAAGACCCAGAGUGCGUCUCUUUGGUAUUUCCUCGAUAAAGCCAUGUUUUUUGGGUCUGGGUUUCUGGAUCCAGAUGAUUGGGUCUGGUUUGGGUUGGAGUGGUACCUGUGCUCCUUCAGUUGGAGUGGUACCUGUGACCCUUCAGUUGGAGUGGUACCUGUGACCCUUCAGUUGGAGUGGUACCUGUGCUCCUUCAUUUGGAGUGGUACCUGUGACCCUUCAGUUGGAGUGGUACCUGUGACCCUUCAGUUGGAGUGUGGUACCUGUGCUCCUUCAGUUGGAGUGGUACCUGUGCUCCUUCAGUUGGAGUGGUACCUGUGGUCCUUCAUUUGGAGUGGUACCUGUGACCCUUCAGUUGGAGUGGUACCUGUGGUCCUUCAUUUGGAGUGGUACCUGUGCUCCUUCAGUUGGAGUGGUACCUGUGACCCUUCAGUUGGAGUGGUACCUGUGACCCUUCAGUUGGAGUGGUACCUGUGCUCCUUCAGUUGGAGUGGUACCUGUGCUCCUUCAUUUGGAGUGAUAAAUGGCUCGUUCAAGCUGGGAGCGGCCCGCGUGCUCUCGGGGUGGCAGAUGCAGUGCCUAGUGCCCGGUCUCCACGACAACAACAACAUGAACGGCAGCGGCUCCGAGCAGGUGGACAUCCUGCCCCCAAACUGCAUGGUCAAGGACCGGUGGAAGGUGCUGAAGAAGAUAGGUGGGGGGGGGUUUGGGGAGAUCUAUGAGGCCCUGGACCUUCUGACCCGAGAGAACGUGGCCCUAAAGGUGGAGUCAGCGCAGCAGCCCAAACAGGUGCUGAAGAUGGAGGUGGCUGUGCUCAAGAAGCUGCAGGGUAAGAACCAUGUGUGCAAGUUUAUCGGCUGUGGACGAAACGACAAGUUCAACUACGUGGUGAUGCAGCUGCAGAGUCAAAACAGGAUGUAG